AUGGUUGCCCUAGCGCCUAUUGCGGACACGGUGCCUGUCCAAUACACACAGAAGCCUGUCACGAAUGGCAUUGGCCAUUCCAAUGAAGCCGAUGAUUCCGAUCAAGCCCCAAUCAAGAUCGAUGCGGUCGAUUUGGUCGCCACGCCACCGCUUGACAGCGCUGCGCCCCCGAUACUUUCCGCAAACGGAAUGCGCUCUAUACAACAACAAAACGGCUCUUAUGAUGGGCAGUUAUCCACUAUGACUCCCGAAACUCCCUCAAAUGAGCUCAGAAUGGCGUUCGAAAUUCUCAAGAUCAUUGAAAGCUACGGGAUCGACUAUGAGAAGAACGGUGGUGGCUGGAAGGGGCUAGAGUCCUUCAUCCCCACCGUGCUCGACCGGGUGGAGAAGCAGGAACCGAUUCGCAUGAUCUUGCCCGCAUUCCCCUUUAAGUCGCCAAACUCGCGCGACAAAGUCCUCGGGACACUUCCUGACUUUGGUGAUGAGUUGGCUCUGGCGCAUUUGAACGGCCUCUGUGAGAACAUCGGCCAGGUAUAUACACCCGGCGCGGAUGUAUACAUUAGUUCGGAUGGGCUGGUAUACAAUGAUAUCUUGGGGGUUCCUGACGAGGUCGUGUGGGACUAUGGCGAGGCGCUCCGGCGCAUGGCGGUUGAAAAGGGUCUGCACCACGUGAAAUUCAUUCGACUCUUCGAGCUCCUCGACCAUCCAUGGUUCCAAAUGAACAGCCCCGAGACUGCCAAAGCUUUCUAUCUCGCACAUGCAAGCUGCCUCCGGCGCGAACUGAUGCUCAUAUUCGGCGACCCGACGUUCAACGCCGACGAAGCUAUAAAGACCGAUAAUGAUACUUGCUUGACCUACCGCGGGUAUAUCAAAUUUUUGACAAAGGAUCUGGCCCAUCAAGAGUUAGGAUCGCAGCAAUCAAAACGGUCAAGAAACGCCCAUAUUGGCCAGACGGCCCGCCAGAUGAUCAUUCGCGGCAAGGCGUUCGCGGCCGCCAUUCGGGCGAAUCGAAAGGAUUAUGUUCGCUUAUCCAUUCACGAGCUCGGGGGGGCCCUUGGUUUCACUCCGUGGCAUGCGUCCGUUGCCAUCGGAGCUGACGGAGUAUAUCGCACGGCCCACGCUGAAGAUGUUCGCGACACCCACGAGCUGAUCUAUAAGAACGGACAACCAUAUUAUUAUCGCGAGAAGUCGGAGAUCUUUGACUGGAAGGCAGAUGGUCUCUCGGUCGAGUUCGAGCAUCUUUACCCAUGCGGCGUAAUUAUUCGCCCCGCAGAUGACUUGCAAAGCCGCCCAUCUAUUCGCGACAUUCCCAUGCACAAGGUCCGUCGCAUCUCAAACGGGAUGUCCCCUGUCAUCCUGCGCGGUUUUGCAGACACACUUGAGGAAGAGUUAUAUCUUAAGGCGGCGAGGAAAGUGCGCGAUGCUGGUCGCAACGACAAGAUGGGCAACAAUGUCACCUCUAAUGAGGCAAUGCCGAUGCACUUUGACGGCAUGUUCAAGUUCGAAGAUGUCACUGAUCCAGUGACCGGGGAAAAGAAGAAGGUCCAGCGCCCACCGGGCUACCAGUUCUUCACCUGUCCUGCUACCGCGCCCAAGGGAAGUGGAUAUACUUUGUUCGCCAGCUCUCGUCUGUUCUUCAGGUAUCUGCCACUGCCAUGGACACCGGCGCGGCUUCAGAAAACGACCUGGGCCAUGGACAACGAUGGUUUCUGGGAUGCAAAGUUAAAACAUCUCCCGCUGACGGUGACGCAUCCUGUCUCUGGCCUGCCGUGUCUGCGCUGGCAUCAGCCGUGGGAUUCAACAAAGACCAAGUUUUCCACCUGCGACGUUACGGUGGAGAAUGAGGACUCCAGUCUCAUCCAAGUGAUAGACCAAAUGAUUUAUGAUUAUCGCGUUUGCCUGCGUUUCGAGUGGGAGAAAGGGGAUUUGUUGAUCAAUGAUAACACAGCCAUGCUGCAUACUCGCACCGGCUAUGUGAGUGAGUGUGAUCGAGAAUUGUGGCGCAUUCAUUUCGAUUAG